CCACGGACCUGUGAUCUUUUUUAUUUUAACCUUUUAUUUUCUAAUAUUCUUAAAAUACCCUUUCUAGAAAAGUUAAAUGGAAAAGCGGAAGACAAAACAACACUAAAGUCUCUUCUUCCUCUUGGGGUGCGAUCUCGUCUCUCCGUCUCUCCCUCUCAAUCAUUGUGAAAUCCUUUAGUGAGUACAUAGAAAAAGGAAUUAAGGCAGAUAACCUUGAAGAACUGUACAAGAAAAUUCAUGCCGUCGUCUGUGCUGAUCCCACAGGGAAGAAAUUUGAUAUGGAGCCACCGAAGGACACUAUAAAUGUUUAUGUGAGAAGAUGGAAGUGAGGAAAGUUGAAGCUAAAAGGUUGAAGCUCUGAAAUCUGGCUUCUCAUUCUAAAGGGGAACUAGAGAAUCCACUGGGGCUUUUAUUGCGGUGUCGAGGUUUUCAAGUGCAACUAUGUUACGACCUUCUAUUCUCAGCCAUGGUGUUGGUUGGCAGAAAGAAUGCUGGUCUUUUGGCCUUGACACAUGUUGGCAGUCGAAGGGUAGUUCAGAUUUCGGCUGGAUUCAUGAUCUUUUCUCCAUUCUUGGUUCUGGAGGUCUUAGCUUUCUUCGUUUUUGCAAUCUCAACAGUUUCAGAACAAAGUUCAUACUAGGCUUCUGUAUCUUUUUGGGUUUAUCUGUGCCACAGUAUUUCAAUGGAUACACUCUAGCCAAUGGUUAUGGUCUAGUUCACACUGGUGGAAGAUGGUUCAAUGAUAUAAUUAAUGUCCCUUUCCAAUAGAAAGCAUUUGUUGCUGGCUGCUUGGCCUAUUUCCUGGACUAUAACUUGCAUCAAAAGGAUGGUGGAAUCAGGAAAGACAGAGGUAAACAUUGAUGGGACAAAUUUCGGUCUUCAAGGGUGAUACAAGGAGCGAGGAGUUCUACUCACGGCCGUUCAACCUCAACAAAGAUUUCCCAUCUGUGUGAUCGUCAUGACAGCCGAGAGCGAGCUAUCAGGAGUUGAAGACUGAUUCUUCUAUGGAAAGUCCUCAAAUAACUCUUUCUGGUACCAAAUUAAUUCUUCUGUGGAAAGUCCUCAAAUAACUAUUUCUGGUAUCAAAUUAUAAAACCAAUCUCUCUGUUACCUGUGGAAUCUUUUUUACAUGCUUCAGCAGUAUAACAUAGUGUCUUUCCUUUAUGCAGUUAUUUCAUUAUAUUCCUUGCUGUAAGUCCGGGGGAAGUUAAUUUAAAUUAGCAAUGAAAAAGUUUGCUUUC